GUUGAUAUUAAUGAUUAAUUAAUUAAAUAAUUUCUAAUUUGAAAAAUAAAAAUAAGUAAUACGGAGUAUUCGGUAGUGAUUAAGCGGUCUUUUUUUUUGUACAUGAAAAUUCUGAGAACAUGAAAAUUUUCAAUUAAGCGGUCUAAUUUUUUUUUAGUUUCCCUCUUUCUUUUCCUAAUUCACAAACCCUCUUUCUUUUCCUAAUUCACAAACCCUUUCUAUUCGUUUCAAUUCCCCCUGUUCAUCCCCCACAACUCAUCCCUCUCUAAUUUCGCACAUAAUUCACAAACCCCCUUUCUUUUCGUUUCAAGUCCGAUUACAGUUCUUUGUAAGCGGGUUGAAAUUGCUUGAAUCAGAGUUUGAAAUUCUUUCAUUAUCAUAAUUCGUCGUCAAUUUGGUGUUUGCUCUCAACACUAGUGAACAAGGACAUCCUAUUGGAGGGAAAAGGAAGAGAAAAGGAAAAGGAUUUACUUUAGAUUUCCAAAGUCUGAAGCAAGCUCAUAGAUAUAUUGUCUUCAAUUGCGACAAUACAACAGUUGAAACAUACAUCAAAGAACAUCAGAUUUGGGUGAAUAGCCAAGGUCGAAAGCGUAGAUGGGAUAGUGCACAAAGUCAUAUCAGAGAUUUUAUUGAUUGGUUUUUUGAAAAAGUUCAAAGGGAGCAGGUUAAUGGGGAACUUUUUUGGUUAGCUAAGGGUCCUAAUCCUAAGGCUAGGAGGUACACUGGGUAUUUUAUCAAAGGUUAUAGGUUCUACACUAGAGAACGUGAUUCACGAUUAAAGACUCAAAAUAGUGGUAUGACUUUGACUACCUUGACUUCAAGUUUUGCCAGUUCAAGGGAUCGAAAUCCCGUUGACGGAGAUGUUACCUACUAUGGUGUAAUAGAAGACAUUUUUGAGUUGGAUUUUUGGUCUCAAUUCAGCGUUGUGUUAUUUAAGUGCGAUUGGUUUCUUGGUGAUAUUGAUGAAUUUUGGCUUACAUAUGUCAAUUUCAAGAAGAAAUGUUCCAAAGAUGAUCCAUUUGUAUUGGCUUCUCAGGUUCAUCAAGUAUACUAUUCCCAAGACCCAUUAGAAAAAGAUAUUCAAUAUGUCAUGAAAAGGGUUCCAAGAGAUCUUUUUGACUUUGAGGAAGCAAUAAAUGAAGAAACAUAUUGGGAGGAGCCUAUUGAUUAUAGCUCUAAUAACAUGCCUUCUUUUGAUGCUAAUCAUAUUCAUGUAGUAGCUGAUGUUGAAGUGCGUGCUGUGAACAUAGAAGAUUUAUCAGAGUCUAAGAAUGUUAACGACCUUGAAGAUGGCGUUGACUAUGAUGAUACAGAUUGGGAUUGGAUGGAUGCGACUGAUGAUAUUUCAGCUGAUGAUCCAUAGGAUUAUUAAUGAAUCUUGAGCAAUUGUAUUUAUUUAAAAAAAAAUGCGAAUUUAUCAUAUUAUUAUUUGUCUUAUGUUAUUAGACUUGUUGAUUGUUUUUUUAUUUAGCUUUUGUUAGCAGUAAUUAGUUAUCAUCUUUGGACUUCCUCAAAAUUUUUAUCUUUUUAGUGAAUAAGAUUGUUUUUUCUAAUUUUUUUCCAAAA